AUGCAGCAGUAUUUUAAUAAUGAUAAUCAAGCUAAUUUGCAUGUCCUUGUUCAUAUUGUAAGGCAAAAAAAGACAAUCCAUAACAAUCAUCUCAUGAUUGUUAUUAGGUAGAUAGAGAAAAUGAGGCUUUAAAAUAAGAGAUCUUAUAAUUAUAGAGUUAACUUCAUUAUUUGAAUUAAAAAGGUAUUGUAGUAAUCAAUCAAUUUUAAAGUGCCUGAAUUUCAACAAAUAUUCAAGGAUAAUUAGCAAAUGAAAAAGGCUCUGGAUUAAAUGAAUUAAUCAGUUAAAGAAUAUGAAGAGGAAAUCUAGAGAUAGAAAUAAGUAAUUGAUCGUUUGAACCUUGAUUUAGAUAAAGCAAAAAGAGAUAAUGAAUAGUUGUUAUAAGGAUUCAAUGAUAUUAAAUAAAGAGGAUUGUCAUAAGAACAGAAUUUAUUAUAAGAUAAUUAGAGAAUGAAAUAUACAAUUGAUGGACUUAAUAAUGAUUUGAGAAAUCUAUAAUAAGAGGUUCAUAGAUUGCGAUCACUUAAUGAAAAAUAAAAAUACAUUUAAGAUGAAUCAUAUCAUUAUCAAUAAGAAAACUAAUAAUAUCUAACUAGAAUGAGAUAAAUGGAGAUGUAGAUUCGAGAUUUGAUAUAAAAAGAGGAAAGUUAUAUACUAUAGAUUAAUAAAGCAAAUUAAGGGAAUAAUACUGAGAAUAUAUUAUUGAAAGAAUAGAAUACAUAAUUAUAACAACAGUUAUAAUAAUUAUAAAGAUAAUAUCAAAAACAAUUGGAAGAUAUGAAUUAAGAACGUGAUAGAAUAGUUUCAGAUUAGAGAAAUACAAUAAACAUAUAAAUAAAAGAUUAAUUAUUAAGAGAAUAAUAAAAAUGGUAGAACGAAAAAGAUGCAUUAUUACAAGAGAUUUAAUUACUUAAACAAUAAUUUGGUUAGAAUGAAUAAUAAAUAUAAAGGAAAAGAUAAUAAUUAGAAGAAGAAGUAAAUAGAAAUCAAUAAUAUUUAAUUGAAUUAGAAUAAGGAAAUAGUUAAUUAUAAAAUAAAUGUAGAGAAUUACAAAAUUAAAUUUCCUUAUUUGAAAAGGAUAAACAUCGUACAGAUUAAUAUAUUAGAAGAAUUGAUGAAUUAUAAUCAUAAUUAGAUUAAUUAUAGAGACAAAUGUAUGAAUUAACUAAUAAGUAUAAUAAUUUAUUAUAAUAAUAUGAAUAAAAGAAACAUUAAAUUGAAUAAUUAAAUAAUCAAUUAAAUAUGGUUUAAGAUCAUGAUAAAUAGAAAAUUAUUAAUUUGGAAAAGUAGAUUAGAGAACUAUAAGAUCAAUUAGCAGAUACACAAAGAUUGAGAUAAUAAUUACAUUAAAUGAAUGAGAAUUAUUCUGCAUUGCAAUUAACAUUUAAGACAUCUUAGAAGUAAUUAUAGGAUUUUGAUGAAGUGAAUUAAGAAUUAAUAUAAUUAUAAAGGGAAGUAGAAUAUUACAAAUAAUAAGAUAUAAAAAAUAAAUAAGAUUUGGAUUAAUAUAAAUCAUCUUUAUUAAUGAUAGAAAAUAAAUAAAAUUAAUAAGGAAAUUAAGAAUUAGAUAAACUUAGAUAUUAAAAUUAAUAAUUAAGUGAUGAAAUCAAUAAUUUAAAAAAUACAAAUAAAUAAUUAACAAUUAAAGUUUAAUAAAUAUAGAAUGAUUUAUAAUCAUAAUAAACAUUAUCAGAAAGAUAAAAUUAUGCUUUAAAUGAAAGUAAUUAAUUGAAAGCUAAAAUUAAAGAACUUUUGGAUUAGAUUUAAUAUUUAUAGAUUGAAAUUAAUAAAAAGGAUAAAAUAAUAUAAGAAUUAUAAAUUAAACUUGAUUAAUAAAAUAAAAGAAAUGAUUUAGUAAUCAUUAUGGAAAAGGAAAGAAAGGAUUUUGAAUAUAGAAUUAUUUAAUUAGAAAAAUAAUUGGCUGAUUCAAAUAUUUACAAAUCAUAAUUUAUAGAAUUGUAAGGCAAAUAUGAAAAUUUAAGAAAAGACUAUGAGUUAUUAAGGAUCAAAUAUGAAGAAACUAAUAAUAAUUAAUAAAAGAUAUAAUGGUUAGAAAAAUAAUUAACAGAAGUAAGUAUAUAUAAAACUCAAUAUUUGGAAUUGGAGACUAAAAAUAAUCAUUUAAUUUAAGAAUAUGAUAGAUUGAAGAAAGAAUAUGAAUAAUUAAGAUUUAAAUUUGAUGAAGCUAAUUAUUAAUUCAAAAUAAGUUAAUUAGAAAAGUAAUUAUAAGAAGCAAAUAUGUAUAAAAUACAAUAUGUAGAAUUAUAAAACAAAUAUAAUUUUAUAACACAAGAAAGUGAAAAAAUUAAAAAAGAUUAUGAAUAAUUAAAAUAUAAAUUUGAAGAAGUAAAUAAUUAAUUGAUUAUAUCUAAAAAACAAAUAACAAUCUAAUUCAAUACUGAAAUAGAAGCACUCAAAUCAGAAAUGUAGACUUGGAUUUUGAAAUGUAAAACCUAUGAAAACGAAAUCAAUUUUUUAAGAUCUACUAUAACAGAUUAUUAAGAAAAUGAAAAUGAAAACUCUUUAGUAAAAUAAGAAUUAGAAAGAUGGUAAAUAAAGUGUACAGAAUAAGAAAGAGAAAAAUAAUUAUUAAGAUAAAAUUUGUAGGAUUUAGAUAAACUCAAAUAUAAAAUAAAUGAUUUAGAGAAAGAUAAUCAAUCUUAUCAAUUUAAGAUAGUUAGAUUAGAAAAAGAAGCUGAUACUUCUCGUUAAUAGAUAUUAAUGUUAGAAUAAUAGAGAAGCUAAUAUGAUCUCAUUAAAAAAGAUUAUGAUACUUUAUAAUUAAGACUAAAAGAGUAAGAUAGGGAUAAAUCUCAAUUAAGAAAUGAAAUUGAUCAACUUAGACAAUAAUUACAAUAGUUAAAAUAACAAUCAUAAAUGUUAGAAUAGGAAAGGAAUUAAUCUCUUAUGAGAUUUGAAGAAUCUGAUAGAGAAAGAUAAGGAUUAAAAUAAUAGAUUAUGAUUUUAAAUAAUACAAAGUUAGAAUUUGAAAAUAUAAGAAGGGAAUAUGAAAUCUUUAAAUAAAAGUAUGAGCAAUAGGAAAGAGAAACAAAUACUUUAAGAUAAUAAUUGUAAAUACUAAAUACUUAAAAAGGAGAUUUUGAAAGAAUAAAAGUUGAAUAUUCUUAAUUAAGAAUGAAUUUAGAGGAACAAGAUAGGGAACGAAUAUCCUUAAGAUCUUAAUUAUAAUUAGCUUCUAAUUAAAAAAAUGAAAUGGAAAAAUAUAGAUAGGAAUAUGAUAUUCUCAGAAUUAGAUUAGAGGAGUCUGAAAAAGAAAAAAAUUAAGUAAAAGGACAAUUACAAAGUUAUAUUAUAAGCAUUAAUACUUAUAAGGAUUAAAUAGAAAAAUUAAAUAUUUAAUUUAGUUAAUUCUAAUAGGAAUAGGGAUCAUUUUAAUAAUAAGAAAUAAUGAUGAAAAGAGAAAUAGAAAUGCUUAUAUAACAGAUUGAUAUUUUCAAAAAGGAUUAAUAGACUAAGUAAUAAUAAAUAUAAGAGUUUUAAUUCAAAUAUUAAGAGAUUUUAAGGGAAUAUGAAAUUUUAUAAAGUAAAUAAGUAAAUGUUGAUGUUGAUGCAUUAAUGUAUGAGAUAUUUGAACUUAAGAAACAAUUAGUAUAAAAAGAGAAGCAAUAUGAAAUUGAGAGACAAGAGUUUAUAGAGUAGAAAUUUCAAUCAGAGAAAAAUAUAAAAAUAAGAGUAGAGUAAGAAUUAAGAUAGAUGAAUGAAAAGUUUACUUUUGAAAUUGAAGAGUUGAAAAAGUAAAUUUAAAUAGAAAAGUAAUAGAAAUUAUAGAUAGAAACUGAAUUGCGUCUUAAAUAUGAAUAACAAAUUUUAAUUUUAUAGAAACAAAUAAAACCAGUAAUUGAUGUAGAUGCUUUGAUGUAUGAUAUAUUUGAAUUGAAGAAAUAAGUUAUCACAAAAGAUCAACAAUUAGAAUAGUUGAAAAAAGAACAGUAUUAAAUAAGAUUAUAGAUUGAAUAAUAAUUCAAUUAAUAGAGAUUAAAAUUUGAAUAAGAAUUAAAAUUGAAAUUGGAAAGGGAAUUAAGAAUAUCAAUAGAGAAUGAAAUUAGAUAUUAGAUUGAAAAUGAAUAUAAAUUUGAUUAAAAUAUUUAGGAUUAUAUUUUAUAGAUUGAGAAAUGGAAGUCUGUUUGUUAAAUGAGGGAUGAAGAGAUUGAUCAUAUGAGGGGUUUAUAAUAAGCUCUGAAGGAUAAACUUAAUUAAUACACAUAAGAAAUAGAAUCUCUGAAGACUUAAUUGGCAAUGAAUUAGGGCGAAAGGAGAAAGGGAUAUUAAAUAAAAUGA